UUCGUUGUACACAAUGGAUGCGACAAAUGGCGUGCUCUGGGACAUCGCCUGGGCGAAAGACACGAGAUCGCCUGACCUCCACAGCGGUUCAGAUUAGAUCUCCCUGCCGUUGACCGCGAGAGAUCAUCGUCGACCGGCAGAGAGUGCGGAAAAUAUGGAUCUCGCAGCAGGUGUCAUGCUCGCUAUGCAAGAUCAGUUAUCCUCAUCCGGCAAGAAGCUAAUCGAGACCCCUCAGCACGCAAGGGAGUAUCCUUGCAGCCUCUCGUCCACGACCAUGUGUUCGGGGAAAAUAUUUAGAUGUCGGUGCUGCCCGCCGAGUCGGGCUGUUGAUCAGGCCCCUCAGUGUACGUGCAGCAGACGCAGGUCAAGAUGGUAAGCAACAGAAGCUUGUGGUCGGUCUUUGUAGCCACAUGGACCUUUGUUGCCCUGAGCAGUUCCAAUGCGGCUUCAUUCACUCCAUUCCAACCACCUUCAUACCCACUGGCGGUCCGAAGUCCAUAUCUAUCAGCCUGGCUACCCGGGAACCUUGCCAACAGUCUGCCGUCCAGCGCCCCCCAGUUCUGGUCGGGCAAUGACCUCGCCUGGUCAGUGAUCGUGCGUGUAGAUGGAGUCGCCUACAAUGUAUUCGGUGUAACCGAUGCAUUGGACGGGACUCAACAGGCCGCUCUCACCGAUGCGACGUUCACAUCCACACAUAGUACCUUCACCUUGACCGCAGGUGAUGGUACUGUGAAGUUGGACUUCUUCUCGCCGGUGUCUCCGAAAAACUACCUGCGCCAGUCCUUGCCAUUUUCCUAUCUCACGGUAACAGUGAGUGGCACGUCGGGCAACGUCCAGGUCUACUCUGACAUUGACGACACCUGGACUGGUCAAUCAAGUGCUUCGAGCUGGAGCUACUCCACCAAUGGCACCACUGGUGUCUACCAGAUCACCCCAGCAAAUCCUAUAACGUACGCUGAGAGUGCCAAUGAACAAGCUCUUUGGGGAGAAGCUGUAUAUGCUACUAGACCGAGCGAUGGCGACACCUUGACUUCCGCAUCAGGGCCGCCGUCCACAGUUCGAUCUGAGUUCGUCAGCAAUGGAAAAUUGAGCAAUUCUUACCCCGGCUGGACUUCAGGUGGUGUCGUCGGUUUUGCUCAUGACCUGGGAACAAUCAGCGGCUCGAGCGCUGUUACUUUUGCCAUUGGCCAUGUUCGCGAGGAAGCCAUCAACUACCUUGGAGCUGCACAGACAGGUUACUACAGAGCCAGUUAUCCGGAAACCGUUGCUGCUGUCACAUAUUUCCUAGAUGACUAUUCCGACGCUGCGAGCGAGUCCACUACAUUUGACAACCUCAUCCAAUCGUCCGGAAAUUCAGCAUAUGGAUCUAACUAUUCAGAUAUCCUGGCUUUGUCGGUACGACAGACGUUUGGAGGCAUUGAGUUGACCAUUCCAAACCAAUCUCUCGAUACCAGCGAUGUCCAAGCUUUCCUCAAGGAGAUCUCCAGUGACGGCAACAUACAGACCGUCGACGUGAUUUACGCAACCUUCCCCAUAUUCUACGUUCUCAAUCCAGACUUCAUCAGGCUUCUUCUCCAGCCUGUCUUCACCUACCUCGACCAAGGCAGCUACACCGAGGCCUAUGCUCCUCAUGACUUGGGGGCACAUUACCCCAACGCCACCGGCUGGGACUCGAGCACUGAAGAAGCCAUGCCUGUCGAAGAAAGCGGCAACGUCAUUCUCCUUACUUACGCGUACCAGUCUGCCUCCAAUCAGACCGACCUGGCAACAACCUACUCCUCCUACCUGCAGAAAUACGCUCAAUACCUCAACGAGAAUGGAGAAUACCCCGCGGCCCAAUAUUCCCUUAACGACGCCCUAGGAAAACUGGCCAACCAGACCAACCUAGGCGUCAAAGCGGCCGUCGCUCUCGGAGCCUACAACAAACUCUUCUCUUCCAGCACCCAAUAUACCAGCGCCGCCACCACCUUCGCGGACAACAUCUACACAAACCGUCUUGGAACCAACUCCGGCGGAAAUUACUACACGCUCCAAUACGGCGUCGAGCCCUGGUUCCUCGUCUUCAACAACUACCCGGAUAUCCUCUUCGAUUUGGGCAUCUUCCCUCAGGAGUCCUACAACGCCACCUCGGACUUCUACCCUACUGUCCGCAGCACAGCGGGAAUCCCACUCGACGGAAGCCUUCAAUGGGGCCAGACGAACUGGCAAGCGUGGGUAGCUGCGAUUUCGGGCAGCAGUACGCAGGAGGUAUUCAUUUCGGACCUUCAUGCGUAUAUCUCGAACGGGCUGAACACGGCCCCGUUUUCGGACCGGUAUUGGGUCGCAGACAGCGGAGACUACACAGCCGGACAGUCGUAUACCUUCCGAGCCAGACCAACUCUGGGCAGUCAUUUUGCGUUGUUGGCGCUCAAGGGGGCAAAUAUUUGGUCGUAGAUCGGAAUCGUCUAACAUUAUUUCAAUGAUGAUAAUCUCCGUUUUAUGUUAAUAGCUUUUUUCUUUCUCUCUGGUGGUUAUAUGUCGAAUUCUCGUCGAUAAUGAUGUGGGGGUUAUUGCUGAUAUAUAAUCUCGCGGUGGUC